AACCAGCGAGAUUUUCCAACUAUAAAUAGUCAGGAUCAAAGCUCCGAAAAGCAUUCCAGUUCAGUGUGUCAAAGUGUAACAAAGCCUCAGCAGCUUUAGUAAAUUUUCAUCUCACAGAAAAUCAGAAAAACCCAAACCACAUCAAAAUGUACAAGUUCUUGGCUCUCCCUCUGUUCUUCGCCGCCGUCUCGGCCGGAUACCUCGGAGCUCCCCUGGCCUACAGUGCCCCCGCUUAUGCCCCAGCUGCCUACGCCCACGCUCCACUGGCCGCUGCCUACUCCGCCCCACUGGCCUACCAUUCCCCAGUCGUGAAGGCCGUUGCCCCAGUUGCCUACCACGCCCCAGUUGUUAAGGCCGUCGCUCCACUCGCCACCUCGUACGCCAACACCUACAAGGUCUCCGUCAAGGCUCCAGUCGCCUAUGCCGCCCCAGCCUACGCUGCCCAUGCUUACGCCGCCCCAGCCUACGCCGCCCCAGCCUACCAUGCCCCAGCCGUCGUUGCCCAUGCCCCAGCCGUCGUGGCUGCCCCAGCUUACCACGCUCCUCUGGCCUACGCCGGCGGAUACCUGCACUAAGUAGUUCAACGGCAGCAGCAGCAGCCGCCGCACCACACCACCCAACAGCACAACCUGUCCCUAUACUCGUUUCCUCCUGGCCCUACCUGUGGGGGGAAACUCCAUCUCAACCGCAACCUCCCUUUUCAUCACAACAUGCCAACGACGGGCGCAGCAUAGCGCGCGACAGUGAAGCUGGUUCUUCGCAGCAAUAGCAGCUGUCAAACGCUACUGCCCUCUGUUAAGUCAUCAUCGAAUAGCAGUGUGUGUGUACGUGCGUGCGUGUGUACGUACGUACGUGCGCGGAAUAAAUGAGUCUAAUUGUGUACAUAUGAUGUAUAGUUUUUUCUGUAUUUAUUUGUGAAGAAAAGCAACAAAAAAAGUAAAAAUCGUUUGAAAAUCAGUUUUAUUUUUAAUCAACAAAAAAUUAAAUUGAUUUUGCAGUUAAA